AUGCUGGAAGCGACUCGUUUGGCACAAAUCAUUCAUGAAAUGGACAAUUAUCGUCUAGAUAUUUUGGGAAUAUGCGAGUCGCGUUGGAACGGCUUUGGAGAACAUCACUCAGCCUCAGGAGAAUUACUAUUAUACUCUGGUAAACCACCUAAUGAAAAACAUGCAAACGGAGUGGCUCUUCUCAUAACUAAAAACCUCACCAAAAGCCUUAUAGAAUGGAAACCAAUAAAUGACAGAAUCCUGAUAGCAAGAUUCAAAACCAAAGUCAGAAAUCUUACAAUUGUACAGUGCUAUGCUCCAACUGAACCCUCCACCGAUGAAGACAAAGACAUAUUUUAUGAAACAUUGAACACUACCCUUAAUGCGAUAAAAAAAUCAGACAUGAUGAUCGUGAUGGGAGACUUUAACGCCAAAGUUGGAAGUGAUAACCGCAAUUCUGAAGAUAUAAUGGGAAAACACGGAUUAGGCAAUCGAAACAAUAACGGCGAUAGACUGCUGGGAAUGUGCUCUAAUUACCAACUAACUAUCGGAGGCACACUUUUUCCUCAUAACGUAGUCCAUAAAGCUACAUGGAAAUCGCCAGAUGGGCACACAACAAACCAAAUUGAUCACUUUUUAAUUAGCCGGAAGUGGAGAAACUCACUUUUUUGA